AUGUCAGGAAGAGGUAAAGGAGGAAAAGGUCUAGGUAAAGGAGGCGCCAAACGUCACAGGAAGGUGUUGCGUGAUAAUAUCCAAGGUAUCACCAAACCAGCAAUCCGUCGUUUAGCAAGACGAGGUGGUGUCAAACGUAUCUCUGGUCUUAUCUACGAAGAAACACGUGGUGUCUUGAAAGUCUUUUUGGAAAAUGUCAUCCGUGAUGCUGUCACAUACACUGAGCAUGCAAAGAGGAAAACUGUCACCGCCAUGGAUGUUGUCUACGCCCUGAAACGUCAAGGCCGUACCCUUUACGGAUUCGGAGGUUAA